AUAAAUGAUCGCAAAACAGAACGAACAGUGCACGUCUCCUGAGCCUGAGGGAUUCAACAAACAGAGAAUUAAAUAAUAAAACAGAGAAAGUUGCCUUGUGUCUUCAAGAAAAGCAAAGCCUGCAGAGAGAGAUGGGUAAAUGGUGGAAAGUAGCAGCUGUGAUUGGGCUGGUAGCUAUAGCAAGAGAACUGAGCAAACAAUUCGGAUGGGACAAAGACGCAGCUCUUGAGCUACUUGGUGAAUGGUCAGAUCGAUUAGGGGUUUGGGCAAUGCCUGUUUACGUUGGGAUUCACACAAUCACUCUCGCUCUCUGCUUGCCUUGCGCUGUUUUUUUCGAGGCUGGUGCUUCUUUGCUGUUUGGAUUCUUGCCUGCUGUUCUCUGUGUCUUCUCUGCCAAGGUCUUAGGUGCCUCUCUUUCCUUCUGGAUCGGCAGGCUGGUUUUCAGGAGUUCCAGUUCAGCAAUGGAGUGGGUGCAGAGUAACAAAUAUUUCCAUCUCCUUUCCAGAGGAGUUGAACGAGAUGGAUGGAAAUUUGUUCUUCUUGCACGCUUCUCACCCAUGCCCUCCUAUGUUAUAAACUAUGCUCUAGCUGCUACAAAAGUUGGGUUCAUGGUUGAUUUUCUGCUUCCUACAGUUGUUGGCUGCUUCCCAAUGAUCCUACAGAACACAUCCAUUGGUAGCCUUGCUGGAGCUGCUGUUGCUUCAGCAUCUGGCUCUAAAAAAUCUCAGGUUUGGUCUUACCUAUUUCCUUUACUUGGGAUUGUAUCAAGUAUCCUUAUUUCCUUGAGGAUAAAAAAGUACUCUACUGAUAUAACAUUGGCCGAAUCCUCUACCGGUGAUUCUCCCCAUACCUCUAGUAAAAAAGGAAGCAAGGGCCUAAAGACAAACGUCAAUAAAGGACUCCAGUAGUGCCUAUAUACUUGUUUAGUUUUUUCAUUAUCCUCUUACUGAGCAAAGAUUUAGAAUAUCUGAUCCAUUUUAUUGCCUGCUGACCCAUUUUAGUUGUAAUUUGAUGCCUUCUGGCCAUCCCUUUCUUUCUCUUGAAACACUGAGAGAUCUUAUGUUGGAAGCUGACCAAAUGGAUUAUUCAGUUGUCUUUAGAGAAGAGGUAACUUAAACUCAGUAAUUAGCUAUCAGUACACAGUGCAUUUUGGCCAUGUCAUGAUGCAUCAUCAUAUUCUAUUUCCCUGUUAUUGUA